CUGUGAACUGUUCCCCCGGAGGCCAGAUAAACCACAGAGAAAUCCUUGAGAAAGCACCAUCUUGGCCACUGACUGAACUGUGUGUUCCUGACAUGGCCACAACAUUAGAACUGCAUUAAGUAGACAAAUCUCUUCUAUUUAAUAGAGUAUUUGGGACUGGAAAUACAAAAAUCAAAGACAAGGGAUUCCGGACCUCCCAAAGAGAGGUCUCACCUGGCAGCAAGGUGUAGCUGGUCAGCUGACCCAACAGAAAGGACACCUUGCCACCAUUCGAUUUGGAGCAGAGUUGGGUAGCUCAAGCUCUGUCUGAACAAGGGAACCAUGCCCUAUACCUGCCAGAUCUGCCCCAGUCUUGGAAGAGAAGGGCUUCCCUGGGAACUGGUAGGGGCCCAGCCCAACUGGGAACCCUACAUCCAACUAGGAUCCGUGUAUUUGUUUGGGGCAGGACACCAUCUCCAUCUCGGGAAAGCUUGACACUGGCCCAAUGAACACCACCACCACCCAGAUGAAGCUCAGCAAGAUGGUGGGGUCUGGGCUACCCAUCGCGUCCAACCAAAGUCAAUGGAAACCCAACGGCCUAGAGGAGCUCUUGUCCAAUGGGGGGACCACCAACGGCAGUGUUCCGGGAGAGGAGGUCUUCCAACUGCCCACUUUCUCAACUGCAGCCAAAGUCCGCGUUGCCAUAACGGUGGUCCUCUUCUUCUCUUCCGCCUGCUUCAACAUUGCUGUGCUCUGGACUGUCACCCAGAAGUACCAGCGUAGGCCUCACCUCCGGAUUCUCCUCAUGAACUUGGCAGCUGCCGAUCUCCUGGUGACCUUUGUGGUGAUGCCUUUGGAUGCAGCAUGGAAUGUCACUGUCCAGUGGUAUGCUGGUGACCUGGCUUGCCGGUUUCUCAUGUUCCUCAAACUUGUGGCCAUGUACGCCUCGGCCUUCGUUACUGUGGUGAUCAGCCUGGACCGCAGGGCAGCCAUCUUGCACCCACUCAGUGUCAGUGAGGCCAAGAGGAAGAAUAAGGUCAUGUUGUCUGUAGCCUGGGUCUUGAGUUUGGUUCUAGCGUUACCUCAGGUAGGUGCUAUUUAUUUUAUUGGCAUAUAUAUAUAUAUGCAUUAUUUGCAUUUAUAUCCCAUCCUUUUCUCCAAGGAGCUCAAGGUGGCAAAUUCAGUUCUUCCCGCUUCUCCUUUAAUCUCCACAACAACCCUGUGAGGUAGGUUAGGAAGACCUUGGUGGUCAGGGAUCUCAUUGGCCACUGUGACAACAAGAUGGCAGACUAGUGGGCCCUUGGCCUGAUCCAGCAGGUUUCAUCUUAUGCUCACUGGUGCAAUGCUGGUUGUUGUCCAAUGCUAUUUUCUCCGGAUUUUAAAAUAAAAAGAAAGUAUAUAGCUUUUCUCCAAGAGGGGAUUGACAUUGAAUUAUAUAUUAAUUAUUUGCGCCUAAAAACAACCCAUAGAUAAUGGGACAAUAAAGAAUUAUCAUAAAGCCAAACUUCAGACGUGUGACACUGGAUGUCGCUAGUCUCCUAUGCCUGCUUCUCUUCCCCCACAAAAACAUGAAAGAUCCACAUGCUGGUAUCCUGCCCCAGAUUCUGUCACUUUGCUCCCACGAUUUUCCGGGUGAAGGGGGGCUGUAAAUGCUCCCCCCCCGCCACCAAAUCCAAUGGAAAUGGAUGCUAAGCCGUUAAUUUUCCAGAUGUGGCUUUUACAGUUGUGUGAAAGCCAAAUAUAAUCUGGGAAUUAACAGUUGGGGAAAUGGAAUUAACUGCUGUGUGAAUGCAGCCACUACGUUGAGAUGCCUGCUGGAUUUUUUUAGAUGAUUGAGCACUCUGAUGGAUCUCUCUCUUUCUCUCCCCCCCCCCCCACGGUCCUGUCUCCAGGUGUUUGUCUUCCACACUGUCAGCCGGUCUCAGCCCACCUACUUCAUCCAGUGCGCCACCGUAGGGAGCUUCCAGGCUCACUGGCAGGAGACCCUUUACAAUAUGUUCACUUUCUCCUGCCUCUUCCUCCUGCCGCUGCUAAUCAUGGUCCUUUGCUACUCCCGCAUCUUCGUGGAGAUCUCGAGAAAGAUGAAGAAAGCUUGCGGUGAGGUUAACCUGCAGGGCACCAACUAUCUUCCUGGUACCUCCCCAGAAGGGGUGGGUGAUUGUCCUUGGUCAGGGUUGAUGGGAGCUGAAGUCUAAGGAUUUGUGGCUCCGGAGAGGUCCGGAGGAUGGCCUUCUCUGCAGUGGCUCCCUGUCUGUGGAAUGCUCUCCCCAGGGAAGUUUGCCUGGCAUCUUCAUUAUACACCUUUAGGCACCAGGCAUGGUCAAACUUUGGACUGCAAUUCCCAUCAUCCCUGACCAUUGGUCCUGUUAGCUAGAGAUGAUGGGAGUUGUAGCUGGAGGGCCAAGUUUGGCCACGCCUGCACCAAGCAAAAGUGUUCCUUUUUAACUAGGCCUUUGGUUGAUUUGAUUGACAUCAUGUGCCCUUUUAAUAUGUGGGUUUUUUGUGGGGGUGUUAUUGGGUUGUUUUUAUUUUCAUUAUAUAUUUUGUAGCUUUAUAUUUUGAUUUUGUUCUGAGACCUCCGGGUAUAGGGCGGUACACAAAUUCAAUUAAUAAUAAAUAAUAAUUGUUAAUAAGAACAUAAGAAGAGCGUGCUGGGUCAGGCCAACUGCCCAUCUAGUCCAGCAUCCUGUUCCCACAGUGGCCAACCAGAAACCUGGGGGAACUGGAAAGCAGGACCUGAGCACCACAGAACCCUCCCCUCCUGCAAUUGGUGGAGGUAGAGAACAGCCAUCAAGGCUAGUAGCCAUUGAUAAGCCCUCUCCUCCCUGUUUAUUUGUAUGCUGCCUUUCCAUAUUUAAAACCAUGCUCAAGGCGGCUUACAGCACAGAAAGAUUUACAGAGUUACAAAAAAUAGAACAGAAACAGUCAUAUGCAAGAAAUAAAACAGGAUCAAAGCAUACACAAGAAAAUCAAACAAUAAGUUUGAUUUUAAAAGUUAUAAGUUUUAAAAAUAAAGGUGCAAAUCUUAAUAUCAAUUAAGCAUCUCCAACUGUGACCCCAACAAAAAACCCGCAACAACUCUGGGCCCAGAGAUGGAACGAAGAUAAAGUUCCUACCACAGAAGAAUGGCAGAUCACGUUGAUGGAUUAUGCCAAAAUGACCGGAAAAAUCAGAAAUCAGGAAGAGCAAAAUUUUAAGAAGGAAUGGGGGAAAUUCAUAAGUUACCUUAAAAACCAUUGUAAAUAGUAGGAUUGGAAUAUCACUUGUAGUUUAACGGUGAAUUUUGGACACAAUGGAGAGGUAAAAUAUUUUGGAUUAUCAUAAAAGAUGCAGAAGGAAAUGACUAGCAAUAGGACCCACAAAGGGGAGGAGGGAAGUCCAAGAGAUUCCUUGGAAUCUUGUUUUUAUGUUGUACGUUGCACGUGUGACUGUAAAAUUUUAAUUUGAAAAACCAAAUGAAUUUUUUUUUUAAAAAACCCCUCAACAAUACCCCACCCCAAGAGCCCAGAGGCAUUCUAAGAUGGUUUCUGGUUCUUUGACAGCCUCAACAUAUGUAGCUGGAGUCAGGCAGGCAGGGACCAGCUCUCCAAGCAAGGUGGAAGGAGGCCAGCAAGGAAGGGAGCAGGUCUUGCAGGACUCACAGCCAGGAUGUUCCAACUCCUCAACUCCCCCAGACCCUUUACUUUUUGCCUCUCACCAACGUCUUACUCCUCCUCCAGGUUCACCAAAGUCCAGGGAGUUCCACCUCCGCCGCUCCUACAACAACAUUCCUCGGGUGCGCAUGCGCACCCUCAAGAUGUCUGCCGUCAUCGUCCUGACUUUCGUCGUCUGCUGGACUCCUUACUACCUGCUCGGCCUGUGGUACUGGUUCUCCCCGGAGAUGCUGACCAGGGAGCAGGUGCCCCCAUCCCUCAGCCACAUUCUCUUCCUCUUUGGCCUCUUCAACACGUGCCUUGACCCCCUGAUCUACGGCUUCUUCGCUAUGCACUUCCGGACAGAGAGCGGGCAGGCCUGCUGCUGCCCUCGGAGGGAAAAGGAGAUGGAGGGAGCUUCCGUGCUCACCGGCUCCUUCCGAGCUUCCACCAUCAGCGGGGGAGCUGCCAGGCAGCUGAGGGAGCCCAAGAAGCACAAGCCGGAAUCGGCGCUGGCGAGGGUCAAAAAGCUGGGGUUGAAGAGGAAGAAGAUGGCGGAGAGCUUCAUUUGAACACAUAGAUAAACCAUGAUCCAUUACCUCACUUGCUGGGAUUUGCUUUCACUGCUGGGAGUUGGGUGGAAGGCCGGCACUACUGUUUGGCAAAGUGAUGCAGCUGCCUCAUGUGCCAAUUAUUCAGAGGCGGAGGUGUUGGGGGACGCAGCUGCCAGUCCCAACCAGCCUGCUGUCUUGUCACAAGCACCGGCGUAAGAGACAACUGUCAGCUCAACUUCUGCACAAGGAAGGUAGGCGACAUCUUGUCCUUUGCUACAGGUGGCAAAUUGUCUUGGUGGCUGGUUGCGGCCUAAUUUGAGCUCUGGAGGAGCUUCCAUGGCAAUAGUCAACACUCCGAAUCUCUGACCAACAAAUACAGAAUAUUUUCUCAAUGAGGCACCCUCUCUCUUGUCCCUUUUUUCUCUUCUAGUGUUGCAGCUAUGGAAAAAGGCAGUUGCCCAGGAAUAGUAAUAUGGUACAAUCACAUCUUAUGCACAUUUAACUUGCCUUCUGAUUUAUGUUGUGCUCUAGGCGGCUUAGUUUGGUCAGCAGCGAGUAUGCACUUUCAGAGUUAACACAAAAUGCAUUACUUCUGGUAAAUGAGCCACCAUAGCUGCUAGAGGGCUAUGAAAAUUUGUGCCUUGGGCUUUUGCCCAUGUACUAUCUGAAACCAAAGGGCUGCAUUGGUUGCCAGAUGUGAUUCCCCCCGCCCAGCUCUCCUACCCUGCUAAAGUCGCCAUCAAUAGCCCUGUCCUCCAUGAAUUUGUCCAAACCUCUUCCAGAGCUAUCUAGGUUGGUGGCUGACACCAGUGGGAGUCCCACAGCUUAACACUGAGCUGCAUAGCUAACCUCCAGAAAUGUCAGAUUUAGGAUGGUGAGCUGAGGGGCCGCAGAAUGGAAAGUGAGAGGGCAGAGGGCAUGAAAAUAAGAAAUAUGUAGUGGGAGGCACCAAAUUUUGUCAUCAAUUUUGCCAUAUUACCAAAGUCCACCCCUGCCUCCAGCUUCUCCUGGGAAUAAAAUGCCUGGAGGCUUUGCCCUUUGCUGAGACGAUUGCCUCUCAACUUUACUGUCCUCCUCCCCACUGCUGUGAUGCCUCAGAACCUCCAAUGGGUUCUUGAAUCCCCCGCAGCAUCCUAGCCAUUCCUGCCCUCUCUCCCUGCAGCCCCAUCCACUCUAAGGAUUGCAUCCCUUCCUCCUUCAGGAUCCUGGCUCCAGCCACCUGCAACUCACCCAAAGUCCUCUGCUGGCUCUUGCCCUGCUGAGACAGGCAGCUGCAGGAACAGGCAAUAGAACAAGCUCCCCUGGGAAGUGGAAGGCUCUCCUUCGUUGGCCGUUGUUGAACACCUCUCACCAUCUGGAAGUUCCUGCUGCAUGUGGUCUGAAAUCUGCUUCCCAGCAAUUUAGAACCGGGCUGCUCUUUCUUCAUUCUAGCUGUCUUUUAGGAGAUGCUGUGACUUCAAUCAAGCACGGAACAGGAGACAUGUCUAGAUCCCUUCCUGCUAAUGAGCAUGGUUUCGGUCUAAUAAAGCCACAGCCCCACCCAGUGGCCAAAAGCUACCUGUGACACCUCAUUGAAGCAGCUGUUCAUCAACAGCUUAUCCAUA